AUGCCAAAAAUUCAUGAUUUUUGCGCAAGAAUUCAAAAUGCCUUUCGAGCUAAUCAUCAGUAUGUAGUAGUCCCAGAAACAAAAAUGAAUUUGAGCCUUGCUUCAAUAUUGUGUCGAGAAGGAUUUGUUUCUUCAGUCCAACGUGGAAAUCAUGUUAAACCUGAUGAACAACCUACUCAGACAACACCAGAAAACAUUCCAACCCGAAGAUAUUGGCUCAAACUUAAAUACUCUGAUAAUCGACCAGUAUUAGAACAGAUGAAAUGUUGA